UACAGGAUGAGAGUCAGGAGGUAUAAGGUCUUCCUGUUGUGCUUGGUGGGGCUCUUUAUCAUUACCUUCCUACAUUACUACAAAGCCCUGCACAAUAUUCCUUUACUACAAGAGCUCUCCUCGCCCUCUUCACACCUAAAGACACUGAAGAUGGUCAGCAGUUUCUUCUGGAAUGUGCCGGAUACUGAAUUACGGUUCCGCCACGACUAUCACAAGCACAGCUAUCUGCAGGGUUUUGUUGAUGCAAAUGUGAUUCCGCCAGAUGACACUUUUCCAAAUGGAGACCUUCACGAACGUACCUUUGUCCUCCAUGAUGGUUCCUCAUCAUUUUUCGUCCACUCCAAAUCCGGAGCAAUGUGCUUCCACGAGGGGACUAAAAUGUCAGAGUCUGCAUCUCAACGUGCGAUACUGCAGCAGCAUCAUCAACAUGAUUCGAUCAAUGAAGGCAAGAAGAUGGUUGAGUGCGCCUGCCGCCAAGGCUGGCACGGCCCUCAUUGUGGCAUACCUACAAUCGUGCAACAUUCAAAUCUCCAAACCAAGUCAAAAUUAACACCCAGAAAAGUUCCUCGGCGAGUCAUCAAUGCCAUCAACAUUAACCACGAAUUUGACCUUCUACACACUCGAUUCCACGAACUUGCUGAUGCCGUGGAUGUGUUUUUAGUUUGCGAAUCCAAUUUUACUGCGUACGGUGACCCGAGACCUCUUUAUUUCCGGCAGCUGAUCCUAAAUGGAACGUUUGAUUACAUUAAGCACAAGAUCCUUUACAUCUUCCUUGACCAUUUUCCAAAUGGUGGCCAUUCAGAUGGCUGGAUCGCCGAUGAUUAUUUACGAACGUAUUUGACCAAAAACGGAAUGUCACGCAUUCAGGGCUUGAAAGCGGACGAUGUUUUUAUUAUGGAUGAUGCGGAUGAAAUUCCCGCACGAGAGGGAAUCCUUUUCCUCAAACUCUAUAAUGGCUGGACCGAGCCAUUUGGGAUCCACAUGCGGAAAUCUCUGUAUGGAUUUUACUGGAGACAAUUUGGAACGUUGAACGUCUUGUCGGGUUGCACGGCAGGUAUGCUCUUUAAAGUUUACAAGGGUGAUGGAAUUCUUCUUCGACGUCGGUCGUAUUACAAAAUGUCGGGAUUCCGGGAAUAUGAGAACUCUAUGGGACGCAUUCUGGUACCGUGGGCCAUCGGAAGCCCCGUUCACUAUGCCGGAUGGCACUGUUCCUGGUGUUUCAAACCAGAGGGGAUUUAUUACAAACUUACUUCAGCCCAGAAUGGAGACUUCCCACGUUGGGGCGAUUACACAGAAAAACGAAAACUAAGUUAUAUUCAAGAGUUAAUACGGACUGGGGGUUGGUUUGAUGGGUCUUUACCAGACUACCCACCUACAGACCCCAAAGAACAUAUGUAUGCUCCAAAAUACCUACUGGAUAACUACGAAAAAUAUCAAUACUUGCUGAAGAACCCAUACACAAAAGAUAAAGUUUAAAAGAAAUGGGAAUUUUAAGAAAAAUUUGCAGGAAAACUCUUCUUUGUCACCAAAGGUUUGCUGCAGGUUCACCACUACCGCUGAAGAGCUUCUUGCAAACAUUUGUGGUGAAUCGCAAGCUCAUUUGCAUGUGAAAAUAAUGAGUGGGAAAUUUGCAGCAAGUUUGCGUCAAGUUUCUUAGAACUCUAGAUUUUUUUUAAGGGUAAUUGAGAUAGGUAUACAUUUUGUCUAAUUGUGUUCUGCUAUUAACUAUUUGGUAAAACUUGCUUGCAAAACCAUAGUGAUGUCCAAUUUGUGAGCAAAUUGUUCUGUUGUAUUGAUUCUUUUCAACAAAUCGGUUAACCUGGUUCAAAAAUUGGUCUGAAGGACUUAUUAGUGAAUCAGCCUGAAUUUGAAUGAUUUAAAAUAAAAAAUAUUUUUAAAUAUUUUGUUCAUACAAAUGACUGGAAAGGUCACCCGUCAUUUUUUAGCUGCCAUGCUCAUGGG